CGCGUCUAUCGAUCUUAGUUUAUGACAGAAACGUCAAUUGCAAAAACAAAAUAUUGUGUCAACGGUAUGAAGCUCAGUGCCUGAUAUAAGAAAAAAUAGGACAUAAAAUAUUAACUAAAACUAUGAUUGACCGGGAUUUCGUUGAAAUAAAUCAAAUAAACGGAUUUCUCACAUUUCUAUGGAGCAUUGAAUGGAGAGACCCUUGGCUGAUAGGGCUAUGUAUUUUUCACGUAUCAAUAUUUACCAUGGCUAUUUUUACUAGGAACUAUGGAAAUUUUCAAGCCCUUCUGUUUUUCUUUUUAUUAUUGCUCGUAUAUUUUUCUGAAGGCAUUAAUCAACUGGCGUCAACAAAUUGGAAAAUUUUUUCGAGACAACAAUACUUUGACAGUAAUGGCCUUUUUAUAUCGGUGGUUUUUUCGAUGCCCAUCCUAUUGAACUGUAUAUUAAUGGUGGGGUCAUGGCUUUAUCAAUCCACCCAGCUGAUGACAAACUUGAAGAUAGCUCAGUUACAAGAAAAGCUAAAAAAAGAACAGCAAGAAAAAAUAAUAAAAUCAAAGAGCGAGUAACUGUUAUCACUUUAUUUAUAUAAGAAUAAUUUAUGUACCGAUUUUUUUGACAAAAUUGACUAUGAUGCAUUUUAAAAAUAAUAUCACGUGCAUUUAUCGGUUACCAAUAAAAAUUUUACUACAAUGUAUAACGAUAACACUCUUUCCUAGUCAAUUUUCUUACAAAUCUUGAAAUUUUUAUGAUAGGUAUUAUUUUUAAAUAAAUCUAUGUAGAUUAGUACCCAACUGUUAUUCUAUUUAAAAAAUUAGAACAUCUUAAAUAUUAGCCUAAAUUUGAUUAAAUAAUUUUUAGUCUGACUGCUUUAAAGCCUACAUAAUUUUUUAACUUUUAUGAAAAAGCCUUUGAACUAAAAUUGUUAUGUUUUUAAUUGUUUUUGUACAACAUUAUAUCAAAUUCGCUAGGUAGAUAGAUUUGACGGUAUUUCAACGUAACCGG